AUGACCGCUCAAGUCGAUCUAGUUGCUAUUAAAAAGUCUGUGACUACGCCGUUUGACUCUUCAGAGGUUUGAUGAUGCUAUGAAGAAAAAUUUCUUUCCGAAGUUUAGAUCUAUUAUGUUAGUAAAAAAAAAAUUGUCUCAGAAUCUUUAUCGGAUUUCAAACUAACGUAGAAUCUUCACGAAAUCUGAAAGUUGAAAGUUUUAGCGGCACUCAACAAAACUUUUCCAAACCAUAUCAUGUUAAUAUGGGUAUUUUGUGUUUCCUCACCUUUCUUACUUUUUUGUAAACAUUUAUUAUCAACUUUUAUCUAAAAGUUAUUUUCUAAAAUCGCAUGGUUGAGCUCGAAAAUUUGCUUUUCCGGUCGUGCGCGGUUGAAUAAUAACCGAUCGGAUAAAUUGCCAAAGUUUUAACUUUUUGUUGAGUAGAAUGGAUUUCAGAAGUAUUUUUCUACUGUUUCAUUUUGUCGGUACUCAAUUGAAUCUGAAAUCCUCAACUGUGGAAGUUUUUUCAGACAAUGGAAGGACCAUCUGUGAACAUGACGCAACAGGAAAUGGAGGAAUUCUUGAACGAAACCACCCAACUUCAACAGUUCUACAACGAAACGAUCGACUUCGAAAGGAAAAUUGGGAUAAUAAUCCCUUCAAUCUUCGCUGUGAUCAUUCUGGUCGGCGUGGUAGGGAACCUGUUGGUGGUGAUCGUGGCUUUGAGCCGUCAGAUGCGCAACUCCACCAACACCCUCAUCAUAGGUUUGUUCUGCUCUUCUCAAGAAAAAAAAAACAGAUUUCGAUUGAGAAAGGUCAAAAGACCACUUUCUCAGUGCAAAGUUCAAACCAAAACCCGGAGCAAAAAUUUAAAUUCAUGCGAAACUCUGAGUUUCAAACUCUAAUGCAUUCAGGCUUUUGGUUAUUUAUGAGUUGAUUUCUGCUAUCUCAUAAGAAAAACCUCAAUGAAAUAGCUCUAGGCGCUUCAUUUUGCCUCAAAAAUGAACCGAUCAAAUCAAUAUUUUAGGAAAUUGGUUAACUAAGCUACACGGUAGUAUCAUUUUUUUUUCCUAAAAAAAACCUGGUCUUCCUGCGCCCUCUUCUCUCUCCCACGGCACGGCUUGAAAACAAUAAAACGAGAAUGAAGAGAGCCCAGAAAAACAAGAAUAUUCCAACUUUUAGGAAUAGCUAUCUCGAGACCGAUAAAUUCCAGACGCAAUCGUUAAUCUUAACAAAUUUAGUCAAACGCCAAAAACAUUGCUGGAUUCAUAAUCUGAAAACUUUUUCGUUUUUUUUUCCAGUCAUUUUUUAUCGCUGCUUUUGAAAAAUCUUUAAAAGCUUUGAACUCACUUUACUGUAGUUUUCUUCAAACGUUGACAUUCUUGCAAAAGGUUGAUGAAGGAGGUUUCCAAAAAUAGGCUUCGAUCUAAACUAAUUAAUAAUGCUCGACUUGGUUAGUUGCUAAACUCAAUCUCUGUAUUCGGUUGGGUGAAAGCAAGAAAUUGGCUUUCAGGCCUGGCCGUGUCCGACUUGAUGUUUCUGUUGUUAUGCAUCCCGUUCACCGCCGUUGAUUACGCCACGCCGACUUGGAUUUUCCCCGAGUGGACUUGCUCUAUGAUCAACUUCUUCCAGGUUGGUCGAUGACGAGAAAAAUGUCAAUUGGAGAGUUGGUGGCAGGAACAAAAAGUUAAAGUAAAAAUCUGAAGCAAGGAAGUGGCGAUAAUUGAAAAUGGUUGAGUAAUCAAUUGGAAUUGGUUUUUCGAGCUUCCUUUCAUUCAUCAUCCAGUUAUUCAUCGUUUUAAAAGUGACGGCAAACUUAAUUUUAUUUAAUGCAUUUCAAUACUUUGAACCGAGAGAAACUUUUCAAAAUAUAGGGUCGUACGAAAUAAUGGGAAAUAAAAUCAAAAACGUUUAUUUUGACGGAAACGCAAUAAUUCCUAGCUUUUUUCCGUUCUCUAAUGUGAAAACAUUAUAAAGAACAAUGUUCAAAUUCACAAAAAAAAAUGAAAUCAAUAUAACUGUUCACAUAAUAAAUGAUUAUUCAACUUUUUUUUUCAUGUUACGGAGUCAGGAUUAAUAGGGGGACAAAAUUUUUCUGAUAUAACCUGAAAAUGGAUAAGCGGGGAAAAAUAGGUCUUUUUCAGCACACCUCGGCCUACUGCAGCGUUUGGACAUUGGCUCUGAUGGCUUUGGACAGAUACUUGGCCGUCGUCUAUCCCGUGGACUCCAUGACCCUUCGCACUCCCAAAAACACCUUUCUCGCUUUGGUCGUCAUCUAUGCGGUUAUCAUGGCCUCACAGGUAAGAAACAUACAGCAAGAAUUCAUGAAAUAAUUUGAAAAGCCUUUUUUAAAACAAAAAAACGCUAUAAACAACGGAAUCUUUGGAAUUUCGAUCAAAAUUGUGAUACUUUGUUUAUUGACCUUUUGGCCAGGUUAAUUUUGUCGCCGAAGCGUCUGAACUUGGAAAUUUGUAGAAUACUUGUUUCACCUGAUAUCACUGCGCAGUAGUUUUUUUUCGGUCUGGCGCGAAGAAAUCGGGUUUUCAGAGCGUGUCAUGGUAAUCCAUCACCCUCCAAAAGGAAAAGGAAAACUUUAUUUUUAGACAUUUUCAAAAAAACUUGAUUUCAAUAAAAAUGAAAAGUUUCAGAUUCCGGUUGGAAUGAUGCACGGACUCUACAGCUACGACUUCUUUUUUGAGCGGCGCCAAACCUGCGCCAUAAUCAGUUUCGCGACCUUCGAAGCGAGCAAAUUCAAAGUAAACUUGAAAAGAAUUUAAUGAUUAUAGGCGAAAACAGUUCUCUAUUUUCUUUUUAAAGUAGAAAACUCCCAAGUCUUUCAAAACUACAGAAAAAAAAUAAGGAUUAAACUGUAAAAAAAACUCGAAUGAAAGCCUUUGAAUUCAAACUUAUACCUUGAAACAGAAUAAAACUAUUAACUCCCAAAUCGCUGUUCCAUAGGCCCAUUUCUACUUCAUGACGUUCAACCUCUUCGGAUACGUUCUGCCACUGGGAAUUUCUGUUUUCUUGUACUGGCGGAUGCUCAGAAGACUUUGGGACACUCCAAGACCCGGAAAUGAGCAACAAGUACGGAAAAUGGAGAGAAAAGGAUAAUUCGUUUUUGAAGUUCCAGAGUACCAUCGCUCAUUGUGGAUCUAUACGGUCUCGGCCAGAAGCGAGAAGAGCAAAGAAAAAAGUUCAUAAUGUUCUGAGAAAUUGCAAUAGUUUUGUCAAUUUAGGUGACUCGACUGGUUCUUUGCGUCCUGAUCACCUGGGCUUUGUGUUGGCUUCCGUUGAACGUCUGCUUCUUCAUGUCAGGUUUGUGAACUUUUGCAAAUUUGAAGAAUUUUUAUAUUUCUCAGGACUUUCUUAUCCUGAACCUCUUGUGGUUUCCUACGGCGUAAGCAUGGUUGUCGUCCAGAUUUCCAGCCAGGUUCAGAUCUCAAAAAUUUUCUAUAAUCAGACACUUCAAGGUCCUCGCUUACAUGAACUCCUGCCUCAACCCAAUUCUCUACGCUUUAAUGUCGGAAAACUUCAGGAAAGGUGUCAACGUCAUAGGAUUUCUUUUUGAAGGAGUUUUCCAGGGUUCAUCCGUAUUCUGAAGCUCUUCGUGAAUAAACUGACUCUCGGCCAAAUGUGCAAACCCAGCGACAAAGUGAGGAUUGGAGAUUUUUGUUAGUUUUUGUGAUUAUUUUUAGUUUAUCCGACUCGAACUGACCAACUGCAACAACACGAUCAACAGCUCUCUGCGCCAGGCUCCAGGAGAAAAAUCGAGUUUGCUGAAAGAUAGGACCGCUUCGACCCGACCAACCAGACAUGUACGCAAAAUCAAAGGCAACGAGGUUAGGAUUUCAACAAUUUCUUAUAAAAAAGAAAAUUUUUCAGUUCAAACGAAGCAACACGACGCGGAGUUUCAAUCUCUAA